AUAAUCACGUGUUGGUGGGCCAGCCAAUAGGAACCAGGGAAGCUUUGAGAAAUAAUUACCUGCCUUGAUUGUUCUAUGGCUAGAUAAAAAAGUACACAUACACUCCAUAUAAUAAACGGAUGCAUGUAAAAGAGUAGAGUGAGGCUUCGACAUGUCGACCACGGGUCCCAUAAGUAAUUAUUAUGUGGACUCCUUGAUCAACCAUGAGAGCGAGGAUGUUAUUGCUGCGACUCGGUUCUCGGCGUCUGGUUCGCACCCAGCUGGCCCCCGUCCGACGUCCCUAGUCCCGGAGUGCGCCGACUAUCCUUCCUGUAGUUUUGCACCCAAGCCGGCGGUCUUUUCCACGUCCUGGGCCCCCGGACACUCCCAGUCAUCAGUGGUCUACCACCCGUACAGCCAUCAGCCCCAUUUAGGAACAGAGUCGAGGUAUAUGCGCUCAUGGCUGGAGCCGAUCUCAGGCGCCGUCCCUUUCCAUGGCUAUCCGGGAAACAGCAGGCAUUACGGACUUAAGCCCGACGCCUUUCAGGAGCACAGAGCUGGGGAGUGCCUCAGCUCCGGUGGACGGACUUACACGGAUUAUCUGUACUGCUCAUCCACUGACAUGCGAGACAAGACGCCGCAGAAUGUCCCUUCUCCAGAGUCAGAGCUUCUGGCGCCUGGGAAGCAUAAGGAGGAAAAGCCGGAGCUAGAUCCCAACAACCCCGUGGCCAAUUGGAUACAUGCCCGCUCCACAAGGAAGAAGCGAUGUCCUUACACAAAGUACCAGACUCUUGAACUGGAAAAGGAGUUCUUGUUCAAUAUGUACCUCACCAGAGACCGCAGAUACGAGGUCGCAAGGGUACUGAAUCUGACCGAGAGGCAGGUCAAAAUCUGGUUUCAGAACCGGCGAAUGAAGAUGAAGAAAAUGAACAAGGACAAGAGCGACAGCAAGGAAUCAUAAAAACGGACUGCAGUGUGAAAAUUACUUAAUUGACAAAUGAAUAAUAAUAAUAAAAAAAAUACACGGACAGCACAGAUUUACCAGAACAAAAAGCCUCCCCUACCCUUCAUCACUUUCUUGAAUUUAUUCUUUUGUGGUACCAUUAACCUCAAACUGUUUGUUGCUGAUUAUUAUUUAGUGCACAAUUAAAACUUAUAAUAAAAAAAGGAAAAUAAAACUAGAGAGAGAUUUUUUUGAUGGGAAAACAUUCUGCUUUCACGUUUAUAUUUCUUUGUAAGAAAAUAUAAAUAAGCAACUUUUGGAUGCGACGAAAACUGACAGAAGAAAGACAAUACUUGAAUUCUUUUAAAUUUCAAACGAAAAAACUAUAAUUUAUGAUGUUAUUGUAUUUUCCUCUUUGUUUUUGUUUUCAUUUUGUAAACAAUAGCGCAGGUGGAGAGUAUUUUGUACAGAUUCAGAAGCAUCUGCGAGCGCCUACUCUGUGUUGUAUUUUGUGAUAGCUGUUGCUGUAUGUGAAUCCAUUUUGUCUUUCUUUCUUUUAAUAGUUUUACCGUGUAUCUGGCGAGUUUUAAUUAUAGAGUGUAGCUAUACAGUUCUCUGUAAAUAUAAUCAUAACCACUUAA